GGGGAGGGGGGAGAGGAAAGCUGGUCGAAGGAUUAGGAGACGCCAAGUUUCAGCAGCAGCUGAUGGCUAAGCGAAGGCGGGGCCAGACGACAUCUCUUCUCUUGCUUUGCCUGGGCAAGGUAAACUAGACGGAGUGAGCCAGUGGGAAGGGAGAGGGGGAAAGAAGGGACGCCGAAAGAGAAGCGGGACUCGCAGCGAGGAUUUGAUAGGAGAAUCCAUCUGAAUUCCCCACGAGGGAAACAGAGCAGUGCGCCGCAGAAGGCUUGUAGGCUAUUAGCCCAGCCGGGAGACCGCUUCUGCCCGUUCGUUUCUCAUGCCAGCCAAGGCGAUGUGGUCUUAGCUCAAGGAAAAGCACCAUUUACGGGGAAGGAAAGACAAAGGGGAUCUUAAGCCGAAGGGAUAACGAGAGGGAGGAGGAGGAGGAGGAAGGUGCGGAGAGAGGAGGGGAGAGACCAGCCCCUUGCUUCCCUCCAUGACCCCCUUCCUUGCACCCAGAGCAGCGGAACAAACCUACCGAGGCAGAGCCUUCCAGUUCUUGUCAUCCCCUUAGCCGCUAGCUGCCUUUGAUGCCAUGGGGAACAGUUUCUCCAGUAUUCCAGCAAUGCCUAGGGGCAACCCCAACCGCUUCCACAGGGUCCACCAACAACAUCUCAAAGAUUCCAUUGGUGGGCCCUUUCCUGCUUCCUCUCAUCGAUGCCACCACAAGCAAAAGCAAUCUCUACCCAUCUCACAGUGUGGCACUCUCUCUGUCAGCCCACUGCUUUUCCAUCCUCACACCAAGGGGUCACAGAUCAUUAUGGAUACCACUCAGAAAGUGGCCAAGCGACAGGCAAGUUUCUGCAAUGCCAUCACCUUCUGCAACAGGCCAAUAGUCAUCUAUGAGCAAAUCAGGCUUAAGAUCACAAAGAAGCAGUGUUGUUGGAGUGGAGCUCUUCGACUGGGAUUUACAUCCAAGGAUCCCUCUAGGAUUAAUCCAGAAACUCUGCCCAAGUAUGCAUGCCCAGAUCUGGUUUCUCAAACUGGAUUUUGGGCAAAGGCCCUUCCAGAAGAAUUUGCAAAUGAGGGAAAUAUCAUAGCAUUCUGGGUGGAUAAAAAGGGACGUGUAUUUUAUCGUGUUAAUGAUUCUGCUGCAAUGUUAUUCUUCAAUGGGGUAAGGACAACUGAACCAUUGUGGGCUUUGAUUGAUGUCUAUGGACUCACUCGUGGAGUGCAACUAUUAGAUAGUGAAAUUAUUCCUCCUGAUUGCCUCCGUCCAAGAUCCUUCACAGCUAUCCGCCGACCCUCAUUGCGCAGAGAUACUGAGGAUACCCGUCUAUCUGUGAGCCUUUGUGAUCUCAACUUGCAGGAGGACAAUUUCCAUGUCAUGACUGCCAUGUGUCCUAUUCCACAAAAUUCCCUCAACUCUCAGCAUUCCCACCUCCUCCCAUCUCAACUUGAAAGCGACCUCCGCUUCCAUCAACUCAGGGGAGCCCACAUUAAAAUUCUGGAUGACCAGACUGUGGCCCGUCUGGACCAUGCUCGAGAUGAGAGAACUUUGGUUUUUACCAGCAGACCACUUAGAAUCAAUGAGACAAUAUUUGUCAAAAUCAAUAAAUCCAACACUUCGCGUACUGGGACACUGUCAUAUGGGGUAACCACUUGUGAUCCUAGCACCCUGAGACCCAGUGACCUUCCUUAUAACCCAGAGUCUUUAGUUGAUCGAAAAGAGUUUUGGGCAGUCUGUAGAGUGCUUGUGCCUCUCCAGAGUGGAGACAUCUUGGGAUUCAUGGUGAAUUCAGAAGGAGAACUGCACUUGAGUCACAAUGGAGCAAGUGCAGGCAUGCAAGUAUGUGUGGAUUGUUCCCAACCAUUAUGGAUGUUCUUUGGUUUACAUGGAGCAGUGAUGCAAAUUCGUGUCCUGGGUUCUACUCUCAUGGCUGAACACCUGGGACUCUCAGCGCCAAGCUCACCCACCUCAUCCCCCAAUUCAUCUUCCAUUCUCUGCAAUGAUGUUUCUGAUCCUGUCCUAUGUAUAUCUGGUUCUGGCCCACUUGGCAGCUCACUUAGUGGUACGGCUCCAAACUCUCCAAUCAGUAUGCCAGAAUCCCCUCUUUCCUCUUCCAUCUCAGGAACUUGGAAUGAUGAGUGUACUAUCUGCUAUGAGAAUAUGGUGGAUACUGUGAUUUACUCCUGUGGACAUAUGUGUCUGUGUUAUACAUGUGGGCUCAAACUCAAGAAGAUGACUAAUGCCUGUUGUCCUAUCUGUAGACGUGCCAUCAAGGACAUAAUCAAAACCUAUCGCAGCACUUAAAGUUGCAUAGCAGGAAGGGUAGGAACUAGGAAGAGGAUCUUUAUAAAACUUAACCAGGACAAGGAAGGUGGGAGGAAGUGGUUCCCUUCUUUAAAUAUGUAGCUAAUUCUGAAUGUGGUUAACUGUGGGCACAGCCUUCUCCCACCUGAAAUUUGAGGGCUAAACAUGUCUUCUUUCCUUGGCAUCUAACAAAGUGCUCCUGUGAACAUUUAAUAUGUGGAGCCAGCAAGAAAGGCUGGAUUUCAUGUCUACCUUUCCUUGGCUCCCCAUUGCAUUUUUCCUGUCCUUUCUUCCCAGUUGGAAGGAUUCCAAGGAUCAAAGAAGAAAAUAAUGUGAAAUAAGCAGAUUUUCAUGUUACAUUAAGUGAACUAAAUGAAUGAAACAAGAGGAAUAGAAUAAGGACAAAUCAUUUCAGUACUAGAACUACCUUCAUGGGCAAGAGAGCCUCACAUAGGAUUUCCCCCCAGUUUUCCUAAUCAUAUCAGUGACUGCCAUAUUCUACAAGUAAUUGUAAUGCAGCACAUGCUACUACUAAGGAAGACUAUGCUUGGAUUGGUUUUUCUAUGUGGUGCAGUGCACAGAAGACUAGCAGCUAACCGUUGACUUUGAUUCUACUUUCUGUAGUUGUCCUCUUCUACUUUUUCAAGGCAGCAGCUGUUCAUAUCUCAUAAACCUGAAAUCAUUUCCUUCUUUAAUUACUUUCCUCUUUUAUUGUUGCUUUCCAAAGUUCAUUCCACUAGGAAGUGGUGCUUUGGGAAAAUGAUGGUACAUGAUGUCAGUUUUAUUUUUAAUUUGUCAUUGGGCCAUUCAUUAUGUAUCCCAGGUUUGAAGGAAAAGAAAAUGAUCAGUUGUAUAAUCUUUUGCCAGAAUGAAUGCGUGUUACAGAGUUGGAUUUAUAUUGUUGAAGGAAAAGAAAUCAGGACCAAAAUGGGUUUUAUUUAUUUUUUAUUUGCCUCUUGGAUUUAAUGAAGGAUUCGUACAUGAAGAACAUGUUAGUUUUGCUUUCUCCUAGAACUGUAUGUAUCCUUGGCAUAAUUGAAUUCUUGGAAUUUUUUUCUGUCUCUGGUCGCAAGUCAUCAGAUCAUAUUUUAUGUCAUUUUCGGUAAUCCAUUGUUUUCUUGUUUUUAGCUGUUCCACUUAACAAAUCUUAAAUCAGAAGUUGCAUUUCAUAAUUAAUAUAUUUCAAAUGAGCUAACUAUGUCUGAGAUGGUUGAUUGAAAAAUGACAACAACCUCAAACCCUAGCUCACAAUUUCAAUUCCACAAUAUGGACAAUCCAGGUUUAGAGAGUGAAUAGUUAAAUUAAGAUAGAAAUAUAAGAAAAAAAUGAUUGACAUGCCAUUUUUCAUCCAGUCCAAAUAAUAUUGUUUGGGCUGAACACUUCUAGUACAUAUGCUACAGUGCAGAGAUUUUGCUGUACUGCAUGGUUGACAUAUUUUAUAAUUAAGGUGAUAUUUCACAGAAAAAAACCCACUCCAUUUUAUAUGACAAAUUGGCCGUCAGUAUUCAAGAACCUACGUUCUCUACACAUUUGAUAUCUCAGUAAUUAGAUAUACUACCAUUUGGUUGUUUUUCAUCUACCGUACUAUGAUUGUGGAAGACUAUACAAAUCCUCAGUUAAUGUUGUCUAGCUUUGGGCUUCUUCAAAUUACAGUAGCCAUGUGGUGUUUAACAGAAAUACCCAACUUAUACUAUGCUAAUCCUAUACCCCCACUAUAUGAAAUUAAUUCAAGUGCUGGACAGUUGUUACAAAAUCACCUUGAAUGGUUGCAAGCAGCAAUCACUCAACAUUGUAAUCUGGGAACCAGCAAGGAUUUUGUCAGUAUCAAUACAGAUCAGAGCUAGGCAAAUGGUGCCCUACAGAUUUUUUAGGUUUUGAUUUUCAUCAAUUCUACCAAGAAUGGCCAAAAACAAGGAACUGUAGCAACUGCAGGCCCAGAUAUCUGGAGUACAUCAGGUUGCAUGUUUGGCCAGAUCCUUAUAAAGGGAACUAAUGUACAACCAGAUAGGUUUUCAUGCUACAGUUCAAGUCCCAUAUAGAUGAAAACUGGUUCAAUGGGGUGAGAAAUAUGUGCCAUUCCAGACAUUACUGAACCACAAUCACUAGCAGCCUUUAGCCAGCAUGACUUAUGGUGUUGGGGGAAUGGUUGCUCAGUAGCAUUUUCAGGAUUCUAGGUUCUUCUCUCCUAUGUUAUCAUUCAAGAAACUUAUUGCUGAACUAGUUACAGUUCUAAAAUGGAAGAAUUAGUUGUAAAGUGUUUGCUUGUUCCAGGAAAUUCUGAAAUGAUUAUGUUCUAGUUUUUUUAAAAAAAUAAUCUCAUUAAGCACUAGGUUAUUUAAUGUAAAGUGGACAUUAAAUUUAUGCCACUCCACUCAGGAACUCCACCUUGCUGUGUUUUUGCAAAUGCAUUUGAACCAGGAGUUUUUGUUCCAAUGAUUUGAGUAAUACAGCUGAUAAUAUAUGUCCUAUUGCUAUCAAUGAAAACAUCUAAAUAAAGAAUUCUAAGUUUAGAUUGGAAUCUUAAGCCACUUGAAUUUGGCAGUGUUUCUGCUGAAAUCAGUGGGACUUAUUUCUAAAUUAAUAUUGUUAGGAACAGAUUAUAUGUUUCCUGCAAAAUUCAUAAAGAAAUCAACAUCUUAUAUAUAUUUGUGGAAUUAAAAAAAUCCUACAAGUACAAAAUAAUAUUUGAAUUGACAGGUAACGAUAAAUUUUUUAAGGUUAAUAAGAUUUCAUGCAGAGAAAAUUUGAUCUAAUAAAGUUUUUUUAAACGGAUAUGCAACAUUACCACUCACAAUAGUUUUUUUCAGUUAUGUUAAUGGAGAAAGCAGUUCUUCAGUCUUUUGUCUGAAAAGGCAGCAAAAAAGAUUUUGUGGGCAUCAAUAUUUAUAGGUUUCUUGGAUAUAAUUGUGGCUUUCAGAGGGAGGCAACAAACCAGCAAAGGCCAAUCCAGGUAACAGUUGGAGAUUAUACAUUAUGUCCAUUUCAAAGGUAAAACAUUUUUACCACAAAGAUGUUUAGGCUAGCAUGUUAACAACUUGUAACAUUACUUAUUUUUCUCCUUUUUAUGGAAUGCUGUUUUGAUAGGAAAUGAUGUUUGGGAAAACUUAACCAUAAGCUUUCUGCUUAGCAAUUACUUAAUGCAUUAUUAUAACUGGUACUGCUGUUGUGCAUGGGAAAAUAUUGGCUUCAUUAAAAAUGCUAGAAAUUUACUAAUUAGGACUGUGCAGCAUUUUGGAUUCAAAGGGGGAAAGAGUACUUUGGAGUACAUCUAGGAAGUCAAAGAGCAUCAGUGAUCAAAUUCUUAAAAUAGCUGCCUCUUUAAGUAGAUCAUGAGUCCAGGAAAAGACAUAGCAUGAUAUUACUUUAAGGAGUGUUCUGCAUUUGGCAUGUGAGUGUCCGAUGUCCCUAAAUACCUUUUCAAUCCAAAGUGCUGCAAAGCUCAUCUUUUACAUUCUUCCCAUAAUUUACAUAUAGUUUUGGCUAUUAAACAAUGUUGCAGACAAAAACUAGGGAAAAUGUGCAAGAAAGGUAUUAUAGUCUGCUGGAUUUCACAUUUGCAGUUCAGUCUACUUCAUCAUCCAUUUGUUUCAAUUACAUUGAUUUCAAUCUAGUCUAAUGGGAAGAUAGAAGUAGUCUUCUGAUUCUUGUAAUGGUCAUGGAUUUUGAUUAAUUUAUGAAUAUAAAUUAAUCAAAAUAAUGGUCUUCACUUUACAUACCACAGUAAUUUUUUUAAAAAUCGCACAAGCACAGCCUGAGUAUUAAAAUUAAAAAUGCAUCUUUGCACACUAAAAAUUUCUCUGCACUCUUUUUCAUGUCCUUUGGUAUUUCUAUAAAUUGUGCACUAAGUUGUUCCUCCAACCCAUUUCUAAGUGCAAAAGUAAUGCUUAUAAAGCUAAGCAUUUCAAAAAAGUCUAAUAAUUUUUUUGUUGGUGCAUUCUCAUUCAUUCAAAUUCCUAUUUCUUCAUAUCACGGACAUGAAUGAAUGGGGCAUGUGAGUGAGUUGUUGUUUUUUUUUUUUUUUACUCCAAACAGCUAAAAGUAUUUUUUUUCUGUAGCCCAAAGAAUAACUUUAACCCUUAAUUCAAAAUUGCACAUGUGUAAGUCAAGUCUCUUUUGAAUUCAUGUUGUUCCCUGGUGUCUUCAUGGAUUAUGCAUACAUCUUUUCUUGACCACUAAUUGUCUAAUAGGUGCAGUUCAAUUCAGUUCCUUAUAUUUAGCUUAUUGUACUCCUAAUUACAUCACACCAAAGCAAACAUUAUAAUUACCUAUGUUGAAGAAAAAGUCUGCAACCAUAAUAAUUAAGAGAUAAGGAAAGAUUGUUUUGACUUGAAACUAUGGCCUUUCCCCCCCCUCAAAAAUAACAUUAAUCCUCCAAUUAUCAAUCUCUGCUGUAAAUAUCUUAACAAUAUAUAUUUUUUAAAAAGUCCAAAGUUAUAAAAGGUAGGAAGCUUAUACUAGACACAUGUGUUCAGGCCUUAAGAUCAAUUCGGCUUUUUGCCAGAGUCAUGUGGCUGUUUGUUCCAAGAAAACAUGGGGAGGGGGGGAAGAGUCACCAGAAACUCCAACUGCAAACGCUCGCAGAACAGAACAGAAUCACGGGAAAAUAUUAAGAACCCUCUGCUGUUUUCACUUGCUUGGCAUUGUGCGCACGUGUAGAUCUGAACCCAGUUCCUAAGUACCUGCACUUGUCUACUAAGCUGCUUUUUCUCCACCUCCCUCCAUCAGCAGCAUCGUUUUGUCACAUGGAAACUAAAAAUAUAUUUGCAUGGAAGAAAACUAGUUCAGGAUGGCACUUGGGAGUGAAGAGAAAGAAGUACUAGAAAAUAGGGAGGCUUCUUUUAACCAUUAUUAUAAGGGUAGAACUUUAUAUACUUAUGAUCAAAGUUGGAACAGGUUUAGAGGAGCUAAAAAGGAAAAUGAAGCAAAGGCGUUUCAUGCAAGAGAGGAGCAUUUCACGAGAAUAGCAGCAAGCUCGGAGUUUGAUUUCUUUUCCUGUGUUCCUGUGUAGAAUCUGAAAUAAUUCCUGUGAUUCAAUGUCAUUGACAAGAAGAUUUCAAUUUUUAAAUGCUUUAUUUAUUUGUAUGUUUGUUUUCAAGACAGAUAUAAAAGUUUGUUUUAUUCCGUGUGACAAUUACAUAGCUGUGAAUAAAGUUGAUUUAGUUAAUCUGUGGAA